AAGCAUACCGCAGCCCGCCAUGGAUGCGACGAUUGGUGACCCGAACACAGCAUGGUCAGUUGAGAGGGCAUUCGAGGGGCGUCCGCAGCCAGGGGUAUGGGGGCAGGUGACGCCGCGGGCAAUGCUCAUAGCGAUUCUUCUCGGCAUCAUCUUCUGCUUCGUGUCACUCCGGAUCCACAUGGUGGUCGGCAUCGUGCCGGGGCUCAACAUGCCCACCAGUGUCCUCAGCUUCUACUGCCUCAAAUGGGUUGUCACCUUGCUGCGCCGCUGUGGCAUCAUCGCACUGCCCUUCACGCGCCAGGAGAACAUCUUCCUCCUCACCAGUGUCAACAUUUGCAUCACCAUCGCGCUCACUGGCGGCUUUGCUACCUAUAUCAUUGGAAUGACUUCCACGGUUGCCAGAACAUUUGCUGAUGAUAUAGAUCCUAGAGAAAUUGUUGAGCAUGUACCAACUGGACAAUGGAUGUUAUUCCUCUUCCUUAUUGGUCUCAUGGGAAUAUUGUCCAUCAUACCAUUUAAGGAGAUCAUGCUCAUCGACUACAGGUUAUUGUUCCCAACGGGAACAGUUACAGCUCACCUAAUUAACAGCUUCCACACCCCUCAAGGAGCAUAUGUUGCCAAUCUGCAGGUCAUGGCUCUACUCAAAUCAUUUGCUGGUAGUUUUUCCUGGUCUUUGUUCCAGUGGUUCUAUACUGCAGGAAAUGAUUGUGGUUUCCAGUCCUUUCCUGCAUUUGGAUUAGAGUUAUAUAAGCGUAGAUUCUAUUUUGAUUUCUCAGCAACGUACAUUGGCCUCGGUAUAAUUUGCCCAAUACUGGUAAACUUUUCGUUGCUAUUUGGGUCUAUCAUAUCCUGGGGAUUCUUAUACCCAUAUCUUGAAAGUAAAAAGGGCCAAUGGUAUCAUACAAAUAGUCCUACAAGUUUGGAUGGGUCGAAUGGAUACAAGGUAUUCCUUGGCAUAACAAUGAUCCUGACUGAUGGCAUUUUUAACUUUCUCACACUCAUCAUUAGGGCCUCAAUUGAUUUCUACCACAAAUGGCAACAAAAGGACUCAGGGAUGACUAACUAUAGCACCAAACACACCAGCCUUAACUAUGAUGAUCGUAAAAGGAAUGGAGUAUUUCUGAUAAAUCAAAUGCCCAUUUCUAUAUUAUUAUCUGGAUACAUCACAUUUGCAACAGUAUGCUCAGUUGUUAUUCCAUCUAUCUUUAAUCAGAUUAAAUACUACCAUGUGGCAGCAUUAUACGCCUUUGCACCACUUUUUUCCUUUUGUAAUGCCUAUGGAACAGGAGUGACGGAUUGGUCAGUUGCACCAACUUAUGCCAAGAUCACAAUCUUUGUCAUCGCAGCAUGGGUUGGCAAACCUGAUGCCAUUAUUGCUAGUCUUGUAUCUUGUGGGAUAACCAUGGCAGCUGUUCAUUGUUCUUCACAGGUAAUGCAAGACCUUAAGACAGGUUACAUGACACUAACCUCAUCACGGGCUAUGGUCAUAGGACAGAUCUUUGGUGUCAUAAUUGGCGCUAUUAUCAAUCCAUGCAUCUACCUUGCCUUCGAAACAACUGCCAAACUGAAUGCUCCGAUUGGAUCAAGGCAAUCAGAAUACCCAUGUCCCUAUUCAGGUGUCUACCGUGCCAUUGGGCUGAUGGGCAUCGGAGGUGUGAAGGAGCUACCACAGCACUGUAUUUUGUUUUGCCUUAUUGCCUUUUUCAUCACAGCAGCCAUAAAUUUCCUUAGAUUGGUUGCUCAGAAGAAAGGUUGGGGAGUUCAAAAUUAUGUGCCUAGUAUGACAGCAAUAGCAAUACCGUUCUUCACUGGAUCUUUCUUUACCAUAGACAUGUGCUUGGGUCAUGCAUUGCUGCUUGUCUGGACUAAAAUCAACAGACAAAGUGCAGAGUUGUUGUCAUCAGCACUUGCAGCAGGUUUGAUAUGUGGUGAAGGACUAUUUCAAAUGCCAGCAGCACUACUUAGCAUCUUCAAAGUGCAUCCACCAAUAUGCAUGAAGUUUAUUCCUAGCGGAAAAGAAGUUCAGGUGGUGGAUUCAUUCUUAAGAAAUUUGGAAACACCUUCAAGGACAUGAAAAAUGUAUUCUAGAAAUGUUUAAUAGAUUCUCUUACAGCCUGUUAAAGUAAAUUAUGCUAGCUGGUAUACUUUAAUUUUUUGAGUAAAUAUCACAAAACCACAGUGUUUAGACACAUCUCUCCCUGUUGAAGCUAAUUCUUUUUUUUUUGAAUUGUCUAGUUAACUCAUGUAUAACUAAUAGGCUAAUGGAAUAUUUCUUGAAGGUUCUAGGUAACUCAUGUA